AUGAUCUUCCCGGCUGCCCGCUUGGGCCUCCGCGCCGUCCGGAGCCCGCUGGGGCUGCAGAGCCGCCCCCUGACCCGGGACGCCAUGGAGGUCGCGCUGCGAGGCAGCCGCCGGGUCCUGUGUGUGGCGGAGAAGAACGACGCGGCCAAAGGCAUCGCGGACCUUCUGUCCGGCAGCAGGAUGCGGAGGAGAGAAGGAUUGUCGAAAUUCAAUAAGAUCUAUGAGUUUGACUAUCAACUGUAUGGCCAGAAUGUAACCAUGGUAAUGACUUCUGUUUCUGGACAUUUGCUUGCUCAUGAUUUCCAGAUGCCGUUUAGAAAAUGGCAGAGUUGUAACCCUCUUGUACUCUUUGAAGCUCAAAUUGAAAAAUACUGCCCAGAGAACUUUGUCGAUAUCAAGAGAACCCUGGAGAAAGAGGCCAGACAGUGCCAGUCUCUGGUAAUCUGGACUGAUUGUGAUCGAGAGGGAGAGAACAUUGGGUUUGAAAUCAUCCAUGUGUGCAAAGCUGUGAAACCAAAUCUCCGAGUAUUUAGAGCCCGCUUCUCUGAAAUCACUUCCCAUGCCGUCAGGUCGGCCUGUCAGCAUCUGACUGAGCCUGAUCAGAGAGUGAGUGAUGCUGUGGAUGUGAGGCAGGAAUUAGACCUGAGGAUAGGUGCUGCCUUCACAAGGUUCCAGACCUUAAGACUUCAGAAAAUCUUUCCAGAGGUGUUGGCAGAACAGCUGAUCAGUUAUGGUAGCUGUCAGUUCCCAACGUUGGGAUUUGUAGUAGAAAGGUUCAAAGCCAUCCAAGCUUUUGUGCCAGAGACAUUCCACAAAAUUAAAGUGACUCAUGAGCAUGAAGAUGGGGUUGUGGACUUCAGCUGGAAAAGACAUCGUCUCUUUAAUCAUACAGCAUGUCUCGUCCUCUAUCAAAUGUGUAUGGAGGAUCCAGUAGCCACAGUGGUAGAAGUUGGAUCUAAGCCAAAGAGCAGAUGGAGGCCUCUGCCUUUGGAUACUGUGGAACUCGAGAAAUUGGCUUCUCGAAAGUUGAAGAUAAAUGCCAAAGAAACCAUGAGAAUUGCUGAAAAGCUCUAUACUCAGGGGUAUAUCAGCUAUCCCCGAACUGAGACAAAUAUUUUCCCCCAAGACUUAAACCUGACAGCUUUGGUGCAGCAGCAGAUACAUGACCAACAAUGGGGAGCCUUUGCCCAGCGAAUUCUAGAUAGGGGUGGCCCUACCCCUCGUAACGGGAAAAAAUCUGACCAAGCUCAUCCUCCCAUUCACCCCACCAAAUACACUUGUAAUCUGCAGGGGAAUGAACAACGACUGUAUGAGUUUAUUGUUCGCCAUUUCCUGGCCUGUUGCUCUCAGGAUGCUCAGGGACAAGAAACCACUGUAGAGAUUGAUAUUGCUCAAGAGCGCUUCGUUGCUCAUGGUCUCAUGAUUCUGGCCAGAAACUAUCUGGAUGUUUAUAUAUAUGAUAAAUGGAGUGACAAGGUCAUUCCCAUCUAUGAGAAAGGCUCCUGCUUCCAGCCAACCACCAUAGAAAUGGUGGAUGGUGAGACCAGCCCGCCCCAACUCCUCACAGAAGCAGAUCUUAUCGCCCUCAUGGAGAAACACGGCAUUGGGACGGAUGCGACUCAUGCGGAGCAUAUCGAGACCAUCAAAUCACGGAUGUACGUGGGACUAACCCCUGAUAAACGAUUCCUCCCAGGACAUUUGGGCAUGGGGCUGGUGGAAGGUUAUGAUUCCAUGGGCUAUGAGAUGUCUAAGCCUGACCUCCGGGCUGAGCUAGAAGCUGACCUGAAACUUAUUUGCGAGGGGAAAAAGGAUAAGCAUGUCGUCCUGAGACAGCAGAUCCAGAAAUAUAAGCAAGUUUUCAUCGAAGCUGUGGCCCAUGCCAACAAGUUGGAUGAAGCAUUGUCUCAGUAUUUUGGAGAAAUGGCUGCAGCGGUUGGCCAAGAAGAAAUCUACCCAGCAAUGCCAGCAACUAUCAAGAAAUGUCCACAAUGUAACAAAGACAUGGUGCUCAAGAAGAAGAAGAAUGGCGGGUUCUACCUCAGCUGCAUGGGCUAUCCAGACUGCCGAAAAGCUAUAUGGUUUCCAGAUUCCGUUCUAGAAGCCAGUAAGGAUGACAGUGUGUGUCCAGUCUGCAAACCACAUCCUGUUUACAGGUUGAAAUUAAAAUUCAAGAGAGGAAGUGUCCCUCCCACCAUGCCUCUGGAGUUUGUUGGCUGCAUUGGAGGUUGUGAUGAGACCCUGAUGCAGAUCCUGGACCUAAGAUCUUCCAAUGGCCCUUCCAGAGCUUCACAGCCAGCAGGCCGGCCUACCAACCAUUUACAGGCUAACCAGUCCCUGAACAGAAUGGGAAACAACCAGGGCAGUUACUCCAUCUCUUCCACAGAACGACAAACCGGACCCCUUAACCCCUCAGCCGGGAUACUUGUGCCCUCCGCAGCUACCAGUGAGAGUCACAACACAGUGAUGUGUAACUGUGGCCAAGAAGCCCUCUUGCUCACUGUCCGUAAAGAAGGGCCCAAUCAGGGCAGACACUUCUACAAGUGCAACACGGGGAGUUGCAACUUCUUCCUGUGGGCCGAUAGUCAGCAGGGAACAGAAAUGGCCUCUUUCUCAAGAACAAGGACUCUUAGUCAUUUCCAAGGGAAUUCCACAAAUUUUGGAGGAAGGCAAGAUGGGUUUGGAAACCAUGGCAGUAGUAGCAGCAGUGCCACAUGUAUGUGCAACCAACCUGCCAUCAAACGGACAGUACAAAAGGAGGGGCCUAACAAGGGACGGCAGUUCCACACAUGCUCAAAACCGAGGGAGCAGCAGUGUGGCUUCUUUCAGUGGGCUGAUGAAAACGUGGUGCCAGGAACAUCUGGACCAGUUUGGUUUGGGGGGAGGGGGCAGGGCCAGGGGUCAGAAGCCAAAAGCAAAAGACCUAGGACUAACUCAGACACUGAACCCACAACAAAGAAAAUACGGAAAUGUGGCCUCUGUCACCAGCCCGGACAUACCCGGACCACCUGCCCUCAGAACAGAUGACUGAGGGACAGGAAGGGUAAGGCAGGGAGCUGUUGCAGCAAGAUGCCCAAGGAACCUCUCUUGUCACUGGAACUUGGAGAAAGACCCUCAACCUGGAGUCCAGCUUUCUCCUGGCCUUCUUGAUUCAGAUGAACUGUGGUUUGCAGGGCCCAGGAAUAGGCCUGGGAUGUACUGGGCUAAGCAGCCUCUUCUCCGAUGAAAGAAAAGCCCAGAGCCAUUUAGGGGAUGCUGUGCAGAAGCAGAGAAAGCAGCUCCAGUAUAAUCCUUCUGCUCAAAGCCAUUACUCUGCAAAUUAAAAAUUUGCAGUAGACAGUAUUUAUGGUAGCAGGGAAAUCCAUUCCUAAACUGCAGAGGAGCAAAUGGCUGUUAUAGUUACUUGGGAUGAUGGGUCUUCCCUGUACCCAUGAAGGUGUUUAGUAGAAGGGAUGUUUAAACACAAAGCAUUGGAGGCUCUUAGCUCUUGGGUCACAUAUGCAAGUUUCCCCAGGAAGCUAGCCAUGGGUGAGAAAUGCUUGGAGUCAAAGUGCCAAGAGUUCUGGGUCUGUUUGGACCUCAAGCUUGCUCACGGAUGAACCUUUCUCUUCUUCAGUUGGGAAUGAGUUUUUCUGUAGAUGAGCCUCCAUAAUAGUAAGCUACAGCAGUUGUAUUGAGAAAGUGGACUUUGGUUUAAAGAGGUGCUGCUUGUUGUGAAAUUUUAUCUCUGGGAGAAUUCUUGUUUUUCUAGUCCAGGAGGCUACUAUAGCUCUUGGGCCCCAAACAUAACUUAUGUGCCUUAAUAAAAAGAAAUUCCGCCUCUUA